GUCUGAGGCCGGUUCAGAGCAGGGCUGGGGUUACCCUGACAUUUCUGGGAUUGUGGCCAGCCAAGAAGGGGAAGAGAAGAAAAGAUGGGUCUUACAAUUUGCUUUUGUUGAACUGCAGAGAAAGGGGAAAGGGAAGCGUCCUUUUUUUUUUUUUUUUCCAGCAUCACAUUCCUGUGUUUUUCUUCAGCCUGGAAAAUAUAUUAAUGCUGGUGCUUUCCUCUCUGGAAACAAAGGAGCUAAACGGGACCGAGGAAGCAAGGAGUGGGAAGAAAGCUUGGGAAGUUUAAAAGAAAAAGACUCAGAGUGGGCAGGAGUUUCCUUUUCUUAAAUGAAAUCCCUGCCUGUGUGGGUAACUGGUUCAACAAAAAGCCAGACCUGCAGGUAAAUGGAGAAGCAGAAAUCCCAAAGGAAAUUUUUGCUAACCUCAUCCUGCUUGUCAAGAAGGUGAAGAAGAAAGAAAGUUAAAAGAUACACGGGGAGACAGACAGUCUCUGGGACCUGUUGGGCAGCAUAAAGAUUAAGCAGUGGGCAGCAGCAAAGCUGUAUGGCAUCGGUCUCCUUUUAAAGGAAAAAGACGAGAAGCCUCAUCUCUGGAGGGGGAACUUCCCUGAGAGUAUUGCACAAUGAACUGGCGGCCAGCUCUCAGCUUAGCCCUGCUGUGGGCAACGUGGCUAGUGUGUGGCUCAGAGCAGACAGGGAGGCUAGCAGAGAGAGGAAACCAUGGAGUUAGGAAAAUGCCCCUGGCUUACAGUGCUCCAAGCAGCCUCCUGAGAAGGUCGGGAGUAUUCCAGAGGAAUUCCAGCCCAAAUCUCCAACACCCUGUCACCAAGAGGGAUUCUUCAGCACCUCCAAAGGCAUCUGCCAGUCUCCUGCAAGGGGAAGCUCCUUCCCAGGCCAGGGGCAUGGGGACCAGAACAAGACGGAUACAGAGACUCACAGCUGCAGCCAAAUAUUCCAAGUCUGAGAUGAUUAAGGAUGAAGGGAUAUCCUCUGCCUCACAGUCACGAGUGGUACGUUUCCCUUCAGGGUCAAGUUCCCCCAAUGUCCUGGCCAGCUUUGCUGGGAAAAAUCGGGUGUGGGUCAUUUCUGCCCCCCAUGCCUCUGAGGGAUACUACCGGCUCAUGAUGAGCCUGCUGAAAAAUGAUGUUUACUGUGAACUGGCCGAGAGGCACAUCCAGCAGAUUGUGUUGUUCCACGAAGAAGGAGAAGAAGGAGGAAAAGUCAGAAGGAUAACCAAUGAAGGAAAAAUCCUGGAGCAGCCACUAGAUCCUGCCCUUAUCCCUAAGCUCAUGAGCUUUCUUAAACUGGAGAAGGGGAAAUUUGGCAUGGUGCUGUUGAAGAAAACUCUGCAAGUGGAGGAAAGGUACCCUUAUCCUGUCAGGCUAGAGGCCAUGUAUGAAGUCAUUGAUCAGAGCCCCAUCAGAAAAAUUGAGAAGAUGAGGCAGAAAGGCUUCAUCCAGAAUUGCAAAGCAGCUGGGGUGGAGGGUCAAGUGGUUGAAGAAGGCAAUAGUGGGGGAGGCACUCAACCUACCCCUGUAGGCGGACAUGUCCAGGUAUCAGCAAGGAAGGAGGAAGCUAGGAAGCCAACAAGGACCAAAACAGUGAGGAAACCAAUGACAACUACAGUGGCCACUCCUCUGCCUACAGUAAGGACCUCUACCCUCCCUCCCACCACUACUACACGUGCCACCACCCACACAGUGACAACAGCAAGCCGGUCUACAACAACCACCACACCCCUCCCCACCACGCAGAGGUCCUGGACCACAAAGUCACAUUCCACUACAGAGUACCACAGGCUGCCUGUCGCCCCUGAUGCUACCACGCCACGAAUCACAGCCUCUGAGGAUUUCUACUCUCCUGUGUGGAAGGCAAACCGCAGGGAUCGGCAGCGUGGCCACUCAGAGAAACAGCCAGCGGCCACACGGAAACCAAACAAAGCUGCCCGCUAUGACAGUUUCACAGAAGUCCCAACAGCUCCCUCGGUGCACCAUACAAAGGCAAAUGUGGGUAGAUUUAAAGAUAACCGAACAGACAGAAAAGACUAUAACCACAGGGACCUGAAUGUCACACCAGGGCAACACAAACCAACAAAGACUAAACCACCAAAGAAAAAGACCCAAGAAAAGAUACUGAGCAAUGAAUAUGAAGAUAAGUAUGACUCGAGUAAGCCUGCUAGUUCUCAUUUAGAGGAAGAGUUUGCAGCGGUGAAUAUUCCCACAAAGAAGGGAAAAGAGUCAAAGAAGCAUGAGCGAACGGAUAAACCUGAGAAGAAGAAGAAGAAGGACAGAUCUGACAAGCUGCAGAAGAGUGAGAAGCAGUCCAAGAAGGACAAAGCUGAGAAAAAGAGCAAGCAGGACAAAGACCGUGGCAAGAAGAAUAAGAAGGGGAGCAGGACUGAGAAUGAGGAUUUCCCUAAGCCCAACAAGAAGCCUUUCCUACAGCCUCCCAGGAAAUCAGUGACUGACCUCCUUGAAUAUUUUGAAGGCAAAAGGCGGCUCAUUCUGAUCACAACUCCCAAGGCGGACAACACCAUGUAUGUACAGCAGCGUGAUGAGUAUCUGGAAAGCUUCUGCAAGAUGGCAACAAGGAAGAUUUCCGUCAUUACAAUUUUUGGCACCAUGAACAACAGCAGCAUGAAAAUUGACCACUUCCAGCUAGAUAAUGAAAGGCCCAUGAAAGUGAUAGAGGAUGAAGACCUUGUGGACCAGCAGCUCAUCAGUGAGUUGAGGAAAGAGUAUGGAAUGACCUACAAUGACUUCUUCAUGGUGCUGACAGACACUGACAUGAAGGUCAAGCAAUACUAUGAAGUACCCAUAGCAAUGAAGUCCGUGUUUGAUUUGAUUGACACCUUCCAGUCACGAAUUAAAGACAUGGAAAGACAGAAAAAAGAGGGCAUUGUCUGCAAAGAAGAUAAGAAACAAUCCCUUGAGAGCUUCUUAUCCAGGUUCCGAUGGAGAAGGCGGCUGGUGGUGAUCUCUGCGCCCAGCGAUGAGGACUGGGCUUAUUCCCAGCAGCUUGCUGCUCUCAGUGGACAAGCCUGCAAUUUUGGUCUGCGACACAUAACUAUCCUCAAAUUGCUAGGAGUUGGAGAAGAUAUAGGAGGUGUCUUAGAGUUGUAUCCAAUUAAUGGAAGCUCUACGGUUGACCGAGAAGAUAUCCCAGCUAAUUUGGUGAAAGACAUUAGAAAUUAUUUCCAAAUUAGCCCAGAAUAUUUCUCCAUGCUUCUAGUUGGGAAAGAUGGAAAUGUCAAAUCCUGGUACCCUUCUCCAAUGUGGUCUAUGGCAAUUGUGUAUGAUCUGAUUGAUUCCAUGCAGCUUCGGAGACAGGAAAUGACAAUUCAGCAAUCCCUCGGCAUGCAGUGCCCAGAUGAUGAGUAUGGUGGGUAUGGUUACCAUAGCUAUCACCAGGGAUACCAGGAAGGUUACCAAGAUGACUACCAUCACCAUGGAAGCUACCACCAUGGAUAUCCAUACUGAAGAGCAACUUAGCUUUCCACUGCCCCAUGUCUGUUUACUAAUAGCUAACCAAGCAAUACAUGGCCAGUUGCAGAAAGUCUUCCUAGGCCACCUAAAUAUCCAUGCCUUGUUUUUCCACUGUUCAAUCAAAGGACUUUGGUCAUUUGCCUUCUCAAAAACACAGCGGCCUUUACAGUGAAGCAAUUCAAACCAGUAGUAUUAAAGCUUUAAACAAUAAAGAUUCCUUUAUAUUUUUAAACUUUUAUAAACCAAGGGCAUCAGCAGGUGCUGUUUGUAUUAAUAAAACAAAAAACCCCACAGUCCCAGUACAUGGACACUAUUGUAAGGCAGGAUACAAACUGUCCAACAAAUAUUGCAAUGCUCCUGUUAGUGUUUUGUUCUAAGGACAAGGAAAAAAAAAGAACUAUAUUUAUUGGAAAGAGGUUUCAUUGUGCUCAUGAAGAGAAGCAAAGAAUCACACUAUGGGACUUUCCUAGAAAAGGAAAAUUUAGGAAAGCAACAGGGGGCAGAUUCUUUACUAAUAACAAUAAUUGAAAAAAAAAUCUUUUUGAAAUACCUUGCCUAAAAAGUGCAUUAACAUUGUAAUUAGCUGACUUUAUCAAGGAAAAUAAGAAUUUAUGGCUUUGGCAGGAUUUGUUCUAAUACAAUACAACGUAAAGUUCUGGACUUGCAAGGCUUGCUGCAUUGCCAUUUAUUCUUUUAACCAGGGUCCCUGUUCUCUUAGGUCCUGCCCACCUGACAGUUAAAUUAAUGAGAGCUAAGUGGAAACACCAACCAUAGUUAGUAUUGUUUGAAAUACAGAAAACUGAAAAGCAUUAUUUUCCAUCAGAAAAAAGGAAAAUUCUCAUUUACAAAUAUUUUAAAUUAGUUGUAACUAGCUCUCUAUAAUAAUGUUUUUAAUUAAACUAUUACUCUAAAUUACAAUUUUCUUUCUACUUCUUCUCAUACCUUAUCCCAUGAAAAAAAAAAAUCUAGACUACAUGUUUCUAAAACUAUUUGGGAAUAGUUCAAUCUGCCUCUAAACUAGCUCUGUUUCUGACAUAAUUUCUGAAAUGGUUUUUUUCUCCCUUACUAUUGCCAUCUUUGGUCAUUGGGUAUGUUGCACAGCCCUACUCCUAUAGAAAUCAGUGUCAGGAACUACAUGCACAGCCAUGCUUCCAACACCAUUUGGGUUAGACUUCUAAGCAUUAAAGACUCAGCAAUAUCCUGAAGUGAUCAGGCAAGCUUUCAUAGCAGCACAGUGGUCAAUGCGGACUUGUCUGAUCAGUCACAUUUCUUUCUACAACCCAUGACAGGGGUGCAUUUGCCAUGUAUAGAUACAUGCAACAGGGCACUCUUAAUAGGUUUUGCCAUCACAGGAGUAGCACAGAAAGAGGGAGAAGCUACAGUUCUAAGGUGGCCAGAGCAUCCCCCCCAAGUUUGAGUUUUAGCAUUUUCCUGACUUUUUUUGACUCUGCCAAAAACUGGGUAAAGCGACAGGUUCACUCAACAUCAGAUUCUUCAGAAACUUAGUCACAAAAAGGUCCUCACUUGCCCUUCUGAAUGUCAGAAAGGCAGACAGAUGUGUGAGGUCGCAGGGCCUAGACAGUUCUUCCUCAGCCUUACAGACCUGGUCAUCCUCUGAGGCAGAAUGCCCUCUGUACCACAAGGUUUUGUCAGCACAUGGUACAGCUCCCAGCUUACCUCUCUCAGGUGACUGGAGCUAAAUGGGGAAAGGCAGUUUUGACAGAAUGAUUUUGAGAGAACUGCUGCCUACAGAGAGCAUCCAAACUCUCAUUAACUACAGCACUUCUGCAGCUGAAAGUAGUGGACAGAGAAAUGAAAAAAAAUAGAGGAGCUAUAAAAAUCAUAGAACUGAAAGGUUUCUAGAAGAAAAUGGGAGGUACCAGAGCUAAGUUUUAGAAAAAUGGGAGGUCCCAUAGCAGUUUUAGAAAACAAGACUUAUUGCAUCAGCGUAUUAAUGUCAGCUGCCAAACUUUCUUUGUCUGAAGAAAAAGCAAAGUCUAACACAGCCAUCUCCAGUAGAUAAAACAAAAACAUCUUUGAGGUGCUUCCUUUCAGGUGUUCAUUUCAAUUUUUCUGUAAUCUUAUUUUUCAUGUAAAGUUUUUAAAGUAAAGGCUUUUAACUCACAUUACAAAUCAUGGAAACUAAACGGCCUGUGCUGAGCAGAAGGAGGAAACUUACAAAAGAGAGCAUAACACCCAAUUCAAAGUGCACUUUUUCUUUCCCUUUUUUUCCCCCCCUUUCCAGAAUUCAAAGUUAUGCAAGUACCAAACCCAGCCUAGGCAUUCAGUGGGAGUUGCAUUAAAAAGACAACUCCAAACAAGUUGUCCACUUUUAAGUGAGGUAGGGAUGGGCUCUUAACCAAAAUCACACAUUCAAAUAUUCAUAGAAUUUGAGGAAGACUCAGUACUAUUCUACAUUCUGGUGACAAUUCCUGCCUUCAUUACAAACUGGUACACAAAAUUACCAGAAACUUUUAGCAAUUACUUUAAAUUGUGAUUUUAUAACCUACUUGUCCCAAUGGAAAACUAAAAGCAAAGCCUGAAGGAACACCAAGCAAAAAAAUCUUUUCAAUGAUAUAGUCUUGAUAACUGUAAGCAUUUGGGAGCUACAACACUCAAAAUUAAGACUCCACUUUGCAAAACACAAAUCAAAUCCAAAGGACUGUAUGUGUCUCAGCAGCAUCACUCUGAGGUUGGACUUAGCAAGACUAAGGUCUUAUUUCUACAGCUUUUGGUGGGAAGAUUCCACAUGAUAAUUUUUUUCUUAUAUGAAUUUAUGGGAUUUGAUUCAGCGCCAAGAUAGUUGUUUUCAUUCACAAGCUGUCUUAUAAGUACCAUAGCCCAGCUGCUACAUUCAAAAAGCAGCUGAAACUAACCAAAUAUUGCUUUAAUUAGCUUGUUGUAAACAAGAGAAACGAUCACAUCUCUCUUCCUGGGAGAUUUUGUGAACUAUUUCCUCAAACCUGGAAGGAGGAACCUAACAUCCUCAGCAGCAAUUAAGUUCAAAUGUUUGUGAACCUCAGCUCUAAAUCAUAGCUUAGAGCUCUCUGCCCAAUGUAUUCAUUAAAGACUGUGUGCCAAACUAAUGCUGCUCUCCAAAAAUCUCUUCAUAAAUUUCCCUCUUGUCAUUCAAGGAGAAAAACAGUACGCUUUCCAACAGCUAUACAGUGGAAAUUCUUAAGAAGGAUUCACAUUAUCUAUUUGAAAUGUGUAACUCUAGAAUAGCUAACCAGGGCUGUCUUCCACCUGACAAAUCGUUUACAGUCACUUUAACAAAUCCCAUGUACACGCUAAAUUUAACUAUUGCCAUGGAUACUACAGCUCCACAGAACUGUAUGGUUAUACUUUUGUGUUACUUUACACACUUUUUUAUUGCAAGUUGAUGCAAAUACCCAUUUUUUGACAGAAGUUAACAUUACUGUUGCUGCAAAGGAAAUAUACACUUCUCCCUUAUUAAAAGAAACCUGCCUGGCUGAUCCAACAGAACCUCUCUGAGACCUCCAACAUAACGACAACAGAAAGAUUUCUACAUGUUAGGCAGGACUUAGAUGAUCUCUAAAGGUCCCUUCCAACUCCUUACCAUUCCAUGUUUCUAUGACUAACUUUACAGCAGAAGAAAAAGCUUGGAUAAACAGUUAUCUACCUUGUAUCUUUGUGCAAUCUAGGACUUUGGCAAAUAAGUCAAGUAUGAGAGCACUGGCAAAAUUUAGAGAGGGAAAAAAAAUCAUUAAGCAGGGCAAGAGUUAAACACAAGAAUUAAGUGCACUUUAUGAAAUCUGCAAAUGAGUAAUUUCUAGAUCUCAUUUCUCUUAAUGGAUAUAUUUCAGGCAGGAAAGUCAAAUAUGUUUUUUUAAGACAUUCAUUUUUGGUUUGAUGCUCUGUCAUUAGAGGUGUGAGGCUCAUUUCUGUGUUCUGACAAUGUAAGACAAAGUUCUCUGGAAAAGUUCAUCUAAAAAGCUACUGCUCAUGUAAAUGCAAAGCAAUCUAAAACAGUACUUUCAACUCUUCUUGGAAAUACCUGCUAAACUUGAUAGCUAUGAUUGAAAAAUUAACUCAGGCAGGUAGAUAUUGCAAAGCUGUAUGUAAUGGGGAAGAAAAAUGAAAGUGUUUUAUUGCAACUAA